AUGGGACAGGCCGUAGUACUUAGUUCGCGAGUUGGUGGGAACGACUUAUUCACCACAGUUUUGACAUAUGACGACGGCCAAGCCGAGGAUGAGGAGAGCAGUCUGCCCCAUCUCGAUGGCUUCCAAAGCAAACUGCCGCCGGGCAUACUGCCCCACGGACUGCCCCAAGUCAAGGAAGUCCAACCCGCCAUUACCCAAGUCGAGAAGGAGAAAGAAAUGGAAAAACCAAAGGAAGUUAGGGAGCUCAGCGAAGAGGAGAAACAGAUGGUCAUGCUGUCGGAGGAGUUCAAGCGUUUCAUCGACAGGUCCAGCCGAGUGGUCGAGCGAGCUCUCGCCGAGACCGUCAACAUCUACGCGGAUUACACUGGCACCAUGGACGGCGAUGACGGAAUGGACGACAAGAGCCACCAGUGUCUCUGGUUGAAUCGUUGUUUCUUCGACGAGCGUUGGUCGCGCAACCGGUGUGUCACGGCGAUAGACUGGUCGCCUCAAUUUCCGGAGCUCCUCGCAGCUGCCUACAUCAACAACGACGACGCGCCUCACGAUCCGGACGGCGUCUGUCUCGUCUGGAACACCAAGUUUAAAAAGACCACGCCCGAGUUUAUAUUUCAUUGCCAAUCGCCCGUUAUAUCGACAACGUUCGCCAGAUUUCAUCCGAAUCUCAUACUCGGUAGCACUUAUUCCGGCCAAGUCGUGCUCUGGGACAACAGGGUACAGAAGAGAACGCCCAUACAGCGCACACCGCUCUCAGCAACUGCCCAUACUCAUCCGGUCUACUGUUUGAAAGUAGUCGGCACACAAAAUGCACACAACUUAAUCAGUAUAUCUACCGACGGCAAACUGUGCUCCUGGAGCUUGGACAUGUUGUCACAGCCUCAGGAGACUCUUGAGCUACAGAACAAACAGUCGAAACAGAUAGCGGUCACGCAGCUCGCUUUUCCCAGCGGGGAUGUAAAUAAUUUCGUGGUCGGUAGCGAGGACGGAUCAAUUUAUUCGGCUUGUCGGCAUGGCACAAGGGCAGGCGUGACCGAGACCUAUGAGGGCCACCAAGGCCCGAUCACAGGCGUCGAUACUCACGCUGUCCCCGGUGGCAUCGACUUCUCCCACUUGUUCCUCAGCUCGUCCCUCGACUGGACCAUCAAGCUCUGGAGCCUCAAGGAGAACAAGCCGCUGUACUCGUUCGAGCACAAUAGCGACUACGUGUAUGACGUCGCCUGGUCGCCCACUCAUCCGGCUGUCUUUGCGGCUGUUGACGAUUCCGGCAGACUGGAUUUGUGGAAUCUCAAUCAGGACACGGAAGUUCCUACGGCUAGUGCCAUGGUGGACGGUAGUCCAGCGUUGAAUCGGGUGUCGUGGGCGCCCAGUGGAUUUCACAUCACUGUUGGUGAUGACAGUGGCCGGAUUUGGGUGUACGAUGUUGCUGAGCAUUUAGCACACCCAAGGAUGGAUGAGUGGAACAAGUUUUUGUAUUGCCAGCAAGACUUUAAAAAUAACAAAGCAGACGAGGAGUUAGAUAAACUGAGUCUCAGUUCGGGUCCGUCGUCAUUGUCGUCGAUGACAUCGAUGCCGUCAGUUCCGCUUAGGUAAAUGUCGCGCGUGAUCGUCAUUGGCAACUUGUGAAGGGAAGGAAUCGAGAGCCCGAGAAACUUACGAUUCGUCUGGUCGUCCUGUCCUUCCCUUUUUUUUCAAACUAUGUCUCUAUAAACUAGGCUUGCUAUGAAAAAAAAAAAAAAAAUUGUUAUAA